AUGGCUGCAAUAUUCAAGUUCAUAGAAGGAUGUGUACCCGCAGUUUGUUGGAGACAUGUUGAUAGUGGUGCAGUCUUGUUAAGAUCAUCCGCGGCAUUGUUUAGAAGGGGUUUGAAGGACUCAAGAUGCAAAGCAGACGAGAAAUAUCUGGUGGCAGUCACUUCACGCAGUGAGGCGUCCACUAACAAGCUGGUCGUGUUUACAGAGCAAUUGAGACAGUCUGGAGGUGGUAUACUGAAUUCAUCGCAACAGCAAGUGACGCAGAUGACAGGACAACUUACCCCAGCGGAAGGCGAGACUUUCUAUUAUCCCAACACCAAGUUUGUAUAUGGCGAAGGAAUCCCUGAUUUCAAGGCUGUCAAGCAGAGUGCAUACAAGCUACAAGCAGUUCUGUCAAGUAGGAGUGAUUUGAGGUAUGGACUCUCUUCCAGUGAUGACAGUAAAUGGCUUUCUUCUCUGGAGGAUUCUGAUUGGCUUAGUCAAGUCAGCGAGCUGCUCCAGACUGCCACUCAAAUCUCGGUUGCUAUGGAGUGUGACAAGUCAUCGGUUCUGAUCAGCUAUGAAGAUGGCAUUGACAGAACAGCUCAGGUAUCAAGUCUGUCUCAGUUGCUCCUUGAUCCAUACUACAGAACAGUUGCUGGUUUUCAGGUGUUGAUUCAGAAGGAGUGGCUGUCAUUUGGUCACAAAUUUUAUGACCGCACCCUCCUGUCUCAGACUCAGGAUGAACACAGUCCUGUGUUUCUUCAGUGGUUGGAUUGUGUUUGGCAGGUCCUGGAACAGUUUCCGUUCGCUUUCGAGUUCAACAGCCUUUUGCUUGAGGUGAUUGCCGAACACGUGUACUCAUCUCGAUUUGGAACGUUUAUUGUCAACUCUGAACGCGAGGGAGAAGAGGAAGAUAUCGAGGAGAAAACCACCUCCCUUUGGACUUGGUUGAACGUUGUCGCAAUGUCGAAGCCUGACAAGUUCAAAAAUAUGCGAUAUAGCAAAAAUCAGCAACAAAGAGUUCUCCAUCCUCAGUACAGAAUACCUUAUCUUAAACUAUGGUCUUCACAUUACGUCAAUCGCCAUCGUUACGAUCAUGUACACGAUGCUUCUAAAGCAGCUGAGCUACAGGCGCUGAAACUUGAGCAACUCUACAAGUCGCUGUUGGACGAAUAUUCUCGACUGUUAAAACGCUUGGCAGCUGUGGACUCGGAAGAUUGUUCCUCCAAGAUGUCUUUUUACACAGCUACUCUUCACCGAGCCUUACGAAAAAAGAGCUCCAACGAUCAUUUGGGUGUUUUCAAUCAUGGGCACAGCAACAGCUCGCUUGAUCACGCUCUCGACGAAUCCGGGACUUGGCCAAGUGUGGCCUCCAACUUGUCUGAAGAGGACCCGGAUCCUAUGGCGUCAUCUAUGACGUCGUUACCGCCCUCGAGGCGCAUGACGCGUAGUCGGUCGUUGGAUGACAUGUUAGACAUUGACAGCCGCCAUAGGAGAGUUCUGAAAAAAACUACUAGUCUUAAACGUCGCGUUGGGAGUAGUAAAUUCUACACGGAACAGAUUCUGAACGCUAUAAACAAGGGUACGAAUACGUAG